GAAAAAAAAAAUGCUUACUUUCUUGACCGCCCACUCUUAUUUAUUCAAAACAAAAUUUCCAGUCUUGUGAGGAAGGAGGACUACUGCUUAUACUCUGAGUUCUGUAUCCAUCCAUCCAAGACUAUCUAGUACCCCAAUAUAUUGAAGCUUUGAAUCCUUCAAAUCCCUCGUGGGUUUGAUUUUCAAAUUGUCUGAAACCCGUCCCCUCCUCUAUCUCUACUUUUCCGAUCAAAUUGUCUGACUCCAAAAAGGGCUUUGCCAGAGUUAUUGCAUUCUAAGACCUGCCAUAUUCGUUUAAGUUGGAUUUUUCUGGGGAGAGAUAGAGGGAGAGAGCGACCUGCAAAAGGUGUUCAUCUUGAAUUUUUUAGCAGGUUGAUUCAUCACAGAUUGGUGCCCGUUGGUGCUUUCCUUAAAUGGGAUUAUCACUUUCUAUACUUUUGUUACCCUGGAAAAAUAUCUUGAAAAAGCGAAUUUUUGGAUUGAGGGACAACGUGGAAACAGUUAUAGUAAGAUCCAUCAGCUUUGAUGGAAAGGACCAGGAGAUGACCUUGAGAACCGUUAGCUUCAAGAAAGGAGACACAGAUACCAGUUUGAAGUCUGAUGGGUCUGAUAAGAUGAUUAUUGAAGAGUCAAUUAGCUUCAAACAUUCAGAACCCCCAAAGGUAAAGCUUGAGACAACUGUUUCAUUCAAGGAUCUAGUCUUGGACAGCAGAAACUUGAGUUCAUCUACCUGGGAGCAGAAGGAUGAUCAUGGCAAUGUCCAUGUAUCGACACCCUUAAAGUCCCUUCCGGAUCCAGCUAUACUGUAUUCCCCAAGGCCUGUGAGUGAGCUUGAUGCAGCUGCAGUUAAGCUUCAGAAGGUCUAUAAGAGUUACCGGACUCGAAGGAACCUUGCAGACUGUGCAGUCGUGGUCGAAGAACUCUGGUGGAAGGCCUUGGAUUUUGCAGCUCUUAAGCAGAGCUCAGUAUCUUUCUUUGACUGCAAGAAACCAGAAACUGCUGUUUCACGGUGGGCAAGGGCAAGGACAAGGGCUGCCAAGGUAGGAAAGGGUCUGUCCAAAGAUGAGAAAGCUCAGAAACUAGCCCUACAACACUGGCUUGAAGCUAUUGAUCCACGCCAUCGUUAUGGACACAAUUUACACUUCUAUUAUGAUAUCUGGUUCAAGAGCGAGAGUACCCAACCCUUCUUCUACUGGUUGGAUGUGGGAGAUGGCAAAGAAAUAAACCUUGAGAAGUGCCCAAGGAAUGUUCUGCAACGCCAAUGCAUCAAAUAUCUUGGACCUAAAGAGAGGGAAGCGUAUGAAGUAAUCGUCGACAGCGGGAUGCUUGUCUACAAACAAAAUGGGAUGCUUGUGGACACAGUUGAGGGUUCUAAGUGGAUAUUUGUGCUUAGCACAUCAAGGGCUUUAUAUAUUGGRCAGAAGAAGAAGGGUGUUUUUCAGCACUCAAGCUUUCUGGCAGGCGGGGCUACAACAGCAGCUGGAAGAUUGGUUGCCCACAAUGGGAUUCUAGAGGCUAUCUGUCCAUACAGUGGUCACUAUCACCCUACAGAAGAGAAUUUCAAGGAAUUCAUUAGCUUCCUGGAGGAACACCAUGUAGACCUCUCUAAUGUUAAGAGGUAUGCUAUAGAUGAUGACUCCCCCUCAAUCAGAAUUACUGAGGAGCCAAGGCUAGGGUCAGCCAUAUAUCCAACUACAGUAUUGCCACUUGGAGAUACAAAUGUGGCUGAUCUAGAUGAGCCUGUCAAGAGAACCACCAGGGAGACUAAUGAUCAAGAAGACAACAAGGACACCAUUGCAGACACAAUGGAAAAACCAGUUUUCAAUGUGGCCAACCGUUUGUCGUGCAAGUGGUCGACUGGAACUGGGCCUAGAAUUGGAUGCGUCAGGGACUACCCUACAGAGCUACAAUUCCGGGCACUGGAGAAAGUUAACCUAUCUCCUCGGGUCACUCCUGGACCAUUUGGUAACUGUCCGAUCCCUUCACCACGACCUAGCCCAAAGAUCAGGCUGUCUCCCAGGCUAUCAUACAUGGGACUGCCUAGCCCCAGGGUUUCUGUUCCGGUGGUCAACUAGACUUGGCUGUAAAUGUUAACCAGAGUUGGUCGAGUCACCUAACAGCAAGCUAGCAAAUUCAUUGGUUUGGGAAUGGUCAAGGGUAAUAGAGGUGGAAAAGCUAAAGUAGCUUUGGCAACUAGGGCACAUCUUAUGCCCUCAAGUGAGCGGUUUCGCAACAAAUAGGAAAAGGAAGAUGGAAGGACUAACCCAAAUAUUGUUUGGUUCUUGUUUCUUUGACCUUGUUGUUUACAUGGUCAGAAAAUAUUCUUUUUUUUUUUUCAAUUUUUCUUAUAAUUUCUUCUGGGGUUGAUCCAUUCUUUCUUGUAAGUAGCUUGAUGUAAAGAGUUGAGUUGAGAGAGUACUCACAAGGAAAUAAUAUUUUUUUCUUCUAUUUCCAUCA